GAGAGACAGAGAGAGAGAGAGAGAGAGACAGAGAGAGAGAGAGAGAGAGAGAGAGAGAGAGAGAGAGAGGGGGCGCGUGCAGCCGCUCCGGUACUUUUGGCUCCGUUACGCGCAGGACGCAGGAACUGUCCCGCUCGAUGCUUCGCCGCAGCCCGCGGAGGGACAGAGCUUCAGCCGCUGCCCAGGAGCCGCUGCCCGCACAGCCAUGUUGAAGCCGGGGGGCGACCCGAGCGGCUCGGCCUUCCUGAAGGUGGACCCGUCCUACCUGCAGCACUGGCAGCAGCUCUUCCCUCAGGCGCAGCUCAAGGCGCCGCUGGUCCCGCCGCCGCCGCAUCCCGACCGCCUCUCCCUCCCCGUUGACGGCCUGCGCCCGUCUCGCCUGCACAGCCACCUGCUGGCCUCCACACACUGCUCCUCCUCCUCCUCUUCUACCUCAGCAGCUCCUUCUUCUUCUUCUUCUUCUUCUUCUUCGUCAGCGGCUCUCACCCCGUCCUCGUCCUCCUCCCUGUCCCAGCUGCCCGUGCCCCAGCAGAUCGCUCUCUUUGGGCAGGCGCUGGCCCCGGUGCAGUGCGCCGGGCCCGGAGGAGGAGACCUGCUGGUGGUCGUCCCCCCGGACAACCAGCUGGGCCACAACCUGCAUCAGGCCAAAGAGCAGAGCUGUGGGGGGGUGGGGGUGGGGGUGGUGUCGUCCAGCGUGAAGAGCGGCGGUGGCGGCGGCGAGGACGGCGGCGGCGGGAAAGGAGCGAGCACCAGGUUCAAACUGACGUCGGAGCAGCUGGACUACUACCUGUACGGACAGCAGAGGAUGGAGAUCAUCCCCCUGAGCAACCACACGGGAGAGAGCAACAACCGUUGCGACAUGUGCGCCGACAACAGGAACGGCGAGUGUCCGAUGCACGGGCCCCUGCACUCGCUGCGGCGCCUCGUCGGCACCAGCAGCUCGGCGGCGCCCGUCACCCUGCCGGACGUCCCCGACUGGCUCAGGGAUCUGCCCCGGGAGGUGUGUCUGUGCACCAGCACCGUUCCCGGUCUGGGCUACGGGAUCUGUGCGGCUCAGCGGAUUCCUCAGGGAACCUGGAUCGGACCGUUUCAGGGAAUCUCUCUGCUGGUGGACAAGCUUCAGUCGGGAGCGGCGAGGAACACGAGGCACCUGUGGGAGAUCUACGACGCGGAGGGAACGUUGCAGCACUUCGUCGACGGCAACGAUCCCAGUAAGUCGAGCUGGAUGAGGUACAUCCGCUGUGCCCGACACUGUGGGGAGCAGAACAUGAUGGUGGUCCAGUACAGGUCGUGUAUCUUCUACAGAGCCUGUAUGGACAUCCCCCGAGGGACCGAGCUGCUGGUCUGGUACAACGACUCCUACACGUCCUUCUUCGGGAUCCCGCUGCAGUGCGUCGCUCAGGACGAAAACUUAAACGUCCCAGCCACAGUGGUGGAGGCCAUGACCAGGCAGGAGUCCCUCCAGUCCUUCAGCAAGAGUGGCAAACCCUCCUCCUCGUCCUCGUCUUCCUCCUCCUCCUCCUCCACCCUCAUGCGCUCCAUGGUCUUCCCCCACUCCCCGUGCUCAAGGACUUUCUCCCUGUUGGACAAGGUCGGGGUCGGGAUUCCGUCGGAGUCGAGUUUCGGCCAUCUGGGGUCGAAGAACCAGCGGAUCCUGGCGAGUCCGACCUCCACUAGUCAGCUGAGCAGCGAGUUCAGCGACUGGCACCUGUGGAAAUGUGGCCAGUGCUUCAAAACCUUCACCCAGAGGAUCCUGCUGCAGAUGCACGUCUGUCCGCAGAACCCCGACAGGCCGUACCAGUGUGGUCACUGCUCCCAGUCCUUCUCGCAGCCGUCCGAGCUGCGGAACCACGUGGUGACUCACUCCAGCGACCGGCCCUUCAAGUGCGGAUACUGCGGCCGAGCGUUCGCCGGCGCCACGACGCUCAACAACCACAUCCGCACGCACACGGGAGAGAAGCCGUUCAAGUGCGAGCGAUGCGACCGCAGCUUCACGCAGGCGACUCAGCUCAGCCGCCACCAGCGACUUCCCAACGAGUGUAAACCAGUGAACGAGAGCAGCGAGUCCAUCGAGGUGGAUUAACGACCGACCGCCUGACGUCACGUCCUCGACCUCACGUCCUCGACCUCACGUCCUCGACCUCACGUCCUCGACCUCACGUCUCACGUCUCA